AGCAGCAAAACAAUCAGUUGUGGAGGCGCUGCGGUCUGUGCUCAACGAAGGAAACCUGGUGAUACGACAAGAAUGACUGUUUCUUUUAUCAUGAAGAACGGUUUUAUUUACAUUCAACUGGUUCUUGUCACCGCACAAGGGAGCACAGACACAGACUGUGUGGCAAAACAUGGAAAUAACUUAAUGUGCAAGUUUCCAGAAAAUAUUAACAGUACACGAAAAGAUUUUGCAGUCUAUUUUUAUCCAGACACAGGGGGUGAAGAGCCCCUUGUGGACUGUGGGUGGAUGGAUGCGAAGUUUGACUGCAUAGAGCAGGAGGGCUUUAAGUGCAAGCAGCCUGUGUCUGACAGUGCAAACAUCACUGUACCUGUCAGGUUUGUAAACAGAACCGGCAGUUACAGGUGCAAAACUGAUGGUAUUCGACUGGAGAACAUGAAUCCUUGUCGUUUUAAUGAAACUCAGGUCCAAGUUUCAGAAAAUAAACUAAACUCAUGGUGUGAGGCGCACUCAGCCUUAGAAGGACGACAGCUGAUUGUGAAUUGUGCAUUUUCCAUCGACGUGGAGAACUUUACUGUGGAAUACAACAAAACUGUUGUUGCCAGCUACACAAAAUCCUUUUGUCAGACCUCAGAUGUCUGUAGCUUUGGUCACAACCCUCAUAGCGCUAUUGUCAAGCUUGACAACCCAGGGAAUCUUCACGGUGAACUACGCUGCCACCCGGAUCAUCCUACACUACAACUUGAGGUCAAAAGUUGUAGUGUAGAUACAAAGAGGGACACUGAAACGUUUCCUACUGUUACUGUGGUAUUGCCAGUCAUUUUUGUGUUGACUGCAUUGUCAGUAGCUGUCGUUGCAGUAAUUCUGAGAAAAAGAUGGAAAGCAAGAAAUAAAGAAAGGAACCAGAAGAAGAACGCCUGGAGAAAACUUCCAAUGUCUGACAAGAGUGAUUGCAGUUCCGCAGAAAUGCCUUGAAAAACUACAAUCACAAUGACUGUACACAUUGCAUAUCUUUUGUCAAAAGUUUGCAGGUGUAUCCUAAUUUCUGUUCUGCAUACUUUGUUGCAUACUUUUGAAUGGACAAACAUCUGAUUGAUGAAGGGAAGAGCUAUGUAAUUAACUGUGCAGUUAGCUUUAGUUGUAGCUAAUGUAAAAUUGUGUGUAAUUGGCUUUUAGUUAUCAGAUUUUCACUUUAUGGAGAAAACACAGUACUGCUAACAUAGUUUGAAUAUCAUUCACUACAAUUAAGCACACCUUUGUAUAGCAUAGCCAUGGUAAUGUGUACAGACUAUACAAAUUCAUAAACCAUGCAGAAUCUGCUGUUUUGAUAAAGUUGUACCUGUUUAGCUUUGUUGCCUUAUUAUCUACCACGAUGUACAGAACAAGCAGAUAAUGUGUAGAAUUUGUUUUUAGCCUGACAUUGCAAGAACUUAAUGGUGUUUCUUAUUUCAUGCAAUUUUUGUGCUUCCUAAUUAGUUGAUUUUUAGUAACUUAUUAGUUCCCUUUCAUGACGUACUUGAAGUUUUCAUAUUAAGGUGAAAACAAAACCCAAGAACUCAGAGAUAAAGAGAAAGAGGAAAUGACCAACUUGUACUAUGUUUAACCCACUAUAGACGCCUUUUAUUUUCGUUUUUCGCAAAAAAUAAUACGCUUACCUAGCCCUAAAGGGUAAAUAAAAAGGCGCUUAACUGAUUUUUAAAAGUCUUGUGGGUCAUUUAUUCAAAGCUUAUAUAAACCUGUACUUUGGGAAUUCAAUGUUGAAGCUAAAUCAAGUGAAAGCCAUGGACAUAUCCCUAAAAGACAAUUAUAGAAAUUUGUACAGCAUCAGAUACCAAUAAAGCAUACUGAACUCUGCAGUUUUUUAUUUACAUAAUUUAUCACUACAAUAAAUGAAGAUAAACAUACGCUUGUGAAAUGAUAAAGGUUCUUGUAACAAUAAUAUACUGCUCUUACAUUCUUACAUCUUAUUUAUAAACACAGAACAGAUGGUAUGAUUUAUUCUCAAGUGAAUAGGAUCCUUCAUAUAUUUGGGGUAGUGCUAUUUUGUCAGAAUGGAUCUUGUGUGAAAUAAAUUAAAACGUGCAACAUAUAAAGAGAAAGAAAAUAUUUUACAAAUUCAACUGAUAUUUUACUUAACUCUUGUAUAUGUUUAAUUAAGCAAUACAUUUGUAAUAAACAAUUUGCUUG